CCUAGUAGAGAAAACGGGGUGCACUAUUUCCCUCUGUUCUUGGAAGGAUCUUUAAACCAAACAAAACUUCCUCGUUAAGGGAAGGUCUCUUUAGUCUUUAUAAACACCCUCCUCACUCCUCGGCCUAAACAAAACAAAAGAUCGGAGGGUGUGGGGUGAUUUGAGAAUCAAGAAAUCCGCAUUUACACUUUUUUGUAGUACUGUGAGUGAGUGAGUGAGUGACUUUUCGCCAACCUACUCAUUCUUAUUCAAACUUCAUUUUAAAGAUUGUUCCUUUUUAUCAGUUUUGGGAAAGGAAGAUAUUUGCCAAUGGAGCCAGUUAUGAAUCCUACCUCUGAAAUCUCAGAGCUGCAAGCUGAUCCUGUCCCUUUUGCUAGAUCAUAUCAGUUGGAAGCAUUGGAAACUGCCAUUCGUCAAAACACUAUUGUGUUCUUGGAGACUGGGUCUGGGAAGACCCUUAUAGCCAUCAUGCUUUUGCGUAGCUUUGCCCAUCUUAUUCGGAAGCCUUCUCCUUAUAUAGCAGUGUUCUUGGUUCCCACUGUUGUCUUGGUUACUCAGCAAGGUGAAGCUAUAAGGAAGCAUACUGACCUGAGAAUUGGAAAAUAUUGGGGAGAAAUGGGCGUUGAUUACUGGGAUGCCAAGAUGUGGAUGCAGCAAGUGCAGAACUUUGAGGUGCUUAUCAUGACACCAGCAAUAUUACUUGCUGCUUUGAGGCACAGCUUUAUCGGAAUUGACAUGAUAAAGAUUCUGAUAUUUGACGAGUGCCAUAAUGCAAGAGGCAAACAUCCCUAUUCCUGUAUCAUGACGGAAUUCUAUCAUCCCCAAUUACAUUCAAGAAAUGUUCAACUUCCAAGAAUAUUUGGGAUGACUGCUUCGCCUAUUAAGGCUAAAGGUUCAAGCUCAACAUUUAGCUACUGGAAGGAGAUUCGUUGCCUGGAAAAUCUUAUGAAUUCAAAGGUCUAUACAUGUGCUAGUGAAUCUGUUUUAGCUGAGUACAUUGCAUUCCCUACUGCAAAGGUGAAGACUUACUCGGAUGUUGAUGUUACUUAUUCAAUGUUCGGAAGCAUAUCAUGUGACGUGCGUAGUUUGAGAGCUGAGCAUGACCAGUAUAUCAUCAAGUCAAAUAUGUCGGAGUCUACUGCUGAAUCUGCACGUAAAAGAUUAGCAAAACUUGAGUCAACCUUCUUGUUUUGUUUGGUUGAACUGGGCAUUUUCUUGGCAUUGAAGGCUGCUGAAUCCUUAUCUUGUGAUGAUAAAGACUCCUUUUUGUGGGGCAAAUUGGAUUUGCGUGCUGAAACCAUUUCUAGAGGCUUUAGUUUGGAUGCAGCUAAGAUCUUCUCAGACCACAUGCCUUCUGGUGCACAGUGGGAUAUCAGUAAUGAUCUGCAAGCCAAUAAGGAUGCUGGAUAUAUUACUUCAAAAGUCUUGUCUCUAGUGGAGAUUCUUCUCAGUUACAGGAACAUAAAGGACUUGAGAUGUAUCAUAUUUGUUGAGAGGGUUAUUACAGCAAUUGUUCUUCAAUCUCUAUUGAAUGAGCUGCUACCAAGGUUAACAGGAUGGAAGACCGAAUACACUGCAGGAAACACGUCUGUAAUGCAGCCACAAAGUAGAAAAGUUCAAAAUAAAAUUGUUGAAGAAUUCCGUAAGGGAAUGGUGAACAUUAUUGUUGCAACCUCUAUGCUUGAAGAGGGCCUGGAUGUUCAAAGUUGCAACCUUGUAAUAAGAUUCGAUCCUUCUGCUACAGUUUGUAGCUUUAUCCAGUCACGUGGUCGUGCUCGAAUGCAGAACUCGGAUUUUAUAUUGAUGGUGAGAAGCGGGGACAGAUCAACGCUUGCUCAAGUAAAUAACUAUCUGGCUAGUGGAGAGAUAAUGCGGAAGGAAUCUUUGCGCCAUGCUUCUCUUCCCUGUUCACCUCUUGAUUGUGAAAAUGACGAGUAUUCCUACAGAGUUGAAAGUACAGGAGCAGUUGUUAAUUUGCGAUCUAGUGUCUCGUUGCUAUACCUCUAUUGCUCAAAGCUACCUUCUGAUCGAUAUUUCAAGCCCGUUCCUAUGUGUGAUAUUGACAAAGAGCAGAAAAUUUGCACCCUCAAUCUUCCUAGAAAUUGCCAAAUCCAAACAGUUAGGGUUCAGGGAGAUACCAACAUCUUGAAGCAACUGGCGUGUCUGGAAGCUUGCAAACAGCUUCAUCAAGCUGGUGCAUUGACAGAUAACCUCGUACCCAAUAUUAUGGAGGAAACAGAUGUCAUCGAAGAAUCAGGAUGUGUACUUUACAAUGAUGAACAGGCAAGGUAUUUUCCACCCGAGUUGAUUGGCUGUUGUGGCAAGGAUCCCGAAGCAUCAUACCAUUGCUACCUUAUUGAGCUGCAGCAUUACCGGCAUAAUGGUUCUCAGCUUCAGAAUAUCAUCCUCGCUGUGAGAACAAAGCUCGGGUUUAGUCGUGAGAAGUUAAAUUUCGAAUUGAAUGUUGAAGGGGGCUGUCAGGAAGGACAUCUAUUGCACAUUGGACUGAUUACGCUAACUUCUGAAAGGAUACAUAGGUGUCGGAUGUUUCAAGCUGUUCUUAUAAGAGCUCUUCUGCACCAUAAUCUGAAUAAACUGGAAGAAGUUUCGGAUCAAUCUCGUCGUUUGAUGGGUUCUGCAAGUUUUGAUUAUCUCCUUCUACCAUCCGUGGGCUCCAGUAGUGAACCUUCAGUCGAUUGGAAAACUAUUGAUUCUCUCUUAAUUCCAUCUGAAAAACCCGAUAAUAAGCAUACGAGUAGCUGCCCUAUGCAGGGUUGUAAUCUGGUGCAUACAAAGAACGGUUUGGUAUUUAGCUGCUGGUUGGAGAAUUCUCUUGUAUGCACCCCGCAUAACGGUAAAGUAUAUUACACUACUGGCUAUUUGCACAAUUUGGAUGGUAACUCAUCUUUGAAGAUGAGAAACAAAGAAUCUAUGACUUACAAAGAGUAUUUUAAGAAACGGCAUAACAUUGACUUGCUCUUUGAGAGAGAAACACUUCUUGAUGGAAAAUAUUUGCCCACAGUGCAAAAUUACCUCCGUCGAUGUAGCCCUUUGAAAUCAAAAGAACCAAGUAACUCAUCAGUUGAAUUGCCUCCCGAAUUCUGUUUCAUAGUAAUGUCUUUGGUGCCGUAUGUUACAUUGUGUUCCUUCACCUACGUUCCAUCAAUCAUGCAUCGGAUCGAGUCCUUGCUCGUAGCCGUGAACUUGAAAAAAAUGGUUCAGGAUCACUGCAUGCAAAAUGUUAGCAUACCAACUGCUAAGAUUUUGGAAGCAAUCACCACAAAAAAAUGCCAAGAAAGUUUUCAUUUGGAGUCUUUGGAGACUCUCGGAGACUCUUUUCUGAAAUAUGCUGCCAGUCAGCAGCUAUUCACAUCUUUCGAAAAUGAUCACGAGGGGCUCCUUAGUGUUAAAAAGGACAAAAUGGUCUCGAAUUCAGCAUUGUGCAGGCUGGCGUGCAACCAAAAGAUUCCGGGAUUUAUUCGCACGGAGCCAUUUGAUCCGAAAGCAUGGCCGAUUCCUUGUGAUUAUUCACUGCCUUUGAAUCUGGAUUUGGAGACACUAUCUCCUACGAGUAAAAUGUAUAGCAUGGGGAAGCGGAACAUCAAGGGUAAGAGGGUGGCUGAUGUUGCCGAGGCCCUAAUAGGCGCAUAUGUUAGUACAGCUGGAGAACAAGCGGCCUUAUCAUUUAUGACAUGGCUCGGUUUGGAAAUUCAGUUUGUCAAAGUUCCCAGAGCAAGGCACUUCCCCGUAAAUGCUGAGAAAUUCGUUAAUGUGCACCAUUUUGAGAACCUGCUAAAGUACAAAUUCUCUGAUCCUUCUCUGCUUGUUGAAGCCCUGACUCAUGGUUCCUUUAUGCUCUCUGAAAUCCCGCUGUGCUAUCAGCGUCUGGAGUUUAUUGGGGAUGCAGUACUGGAUUAUGUUAUCACAACAUACCUCUAUUACAAAUACCCCGGGCUAUCUCCUGGCCUAUUGACCGACUUGAGGUCUUGUUCGGUGAACAACGACUGCUACGCUCUUUGUGCAAUAAAGGCUGAUCUACAAAAGCAUAUUCUCUAUGCUUCCAACGACCUUCAUGGGCAUAUAGCGAGCACUGUUGAGAGCGUUACGCAGCUAUCUAUUUCCGAAACUUUUGGAUGGGAAUUGGAUACAAGCUUCCCCAAGGUGCUAGGAGAUGUUAUCGAGUCACUUGCAGGAGCGAUCUUCAUCGAUUCUGGUUUCAACAAGGAUAAAGUCGCGGAAUGCAUAGUCCCGCUUCUGGAGCCAAUGGUUACUCCAGAAACCGUAAGGCUUCAUCCAGCGAGAGAGCUGAACGAGUUAUGCCAACGAAAAAAUUAUGCGAAGCAGAAGUGCGUGACUAGGAAAGACGGAGUUGCAUGCAUCGGGGUAGAGGUGGAUGCGAAUGGCUCUAUUUACAGUCACACUUGCUCUGCUCGUGACAAACGCACAGCCGAGAAAUUGGCUUGCAUGCAUAUUUUGAAGAAGCUGAAAGAGGAGGGGGGAUGUUAGAUAGAUUGAUUGUACUAAAAUUGCUCCAAACUUUUUGGUGAAAUGUAUGUAUUCAUUUAGGUACUAAUUGUGGUGGACAAGUGUGAUGGUUUGCUAUUACUAUCUGAGGCCAUUGCUGUUUUGGCUGGUAGCUUUUCCAGCAACUGUGAAAUGUGAAUGAUAUGAUAAAGUAAAUUUCUGAUAUAUUCCUUUUA